AUGUGGAACAAGUUUGAGCCCAAUUAUUUGAAGCAGAAGGUGAUGAGGCUUCACGGCUACCUCAGCGAAGCAUGCAAGCGAUGUGCUAAUACACGGGCUCAACCACUGUUUCUGGAGUUUUUGGAGCUAGCACCACCAGUUUUUCUGGAGACGAAGAUGCUGUCGGAGAAAGAGGACUCGGAUCAUUAG